UUCAUACCGGACUAGACGCUCCUUUUGUCGGAUCCAUUUCGAACUGACUCCCCGGGGUUUACGGCGGAGAAAAAGGCACGUAGAAAGCCGCGGAACGGUGCAUCCGAGCCCGGUGCGGUGCAGACGCGGUGCCGCCGCUGCCUGGAGCCGGAGGUGAAGGGGGAGGAGCCUGCUGCAGGUGAACAUGAACGGCAGCAGCAGCGUCUCUGCGACCAGCAGCACAGAGGAGUGGAGUCGUGAGGACUGCCUGACUCUCCUGGAGAGGAUCCGGGGGCAGGUUCCGGACGGAGACUCCAUGAAAUACAAAACCACCGAGUCGCACUUCGACUGGAGCCGCGUGAGCUUCGGCCGCUACAGCCCCGACAUGUGCAAGAGGAAGUGGAGCAAGGUGUCCGGCGAGGUUCGAAAGUACAGAACCAUGACCGAGCUCCUGAUCGACGCCAUCGAGUUCGUCAAGAACCCGUACAAAGGAAAAAAACUUAAGACUCACCCGGACUUCCCGAAGAAGCCGCUGACUCCGUAUUUUCGGUUCUUUAUGGAGAAACGAGCCAAAUACGCAAAGAUCCACCCAGAGAUGAGCAACCUGGACCUGACCAAGAUCCUGUCCAAGAAGUACAAGGAGCUGCCGGACAAGAAGAAGCAAAAAUACAUCAGCGAGUUCCAGAGAGAAAAAGAGGAAUUUGAGAAGAACAUGGCCCGAUUCAAGGAGGAUCACCCGGAGCUGAUGGAGGAGAGGAAGAAAUCUGAGCUCCCUGAAAAACCCAAGACGCCUCAACAGCUCUGGUACAACCACGAGAAGAAAGGAUACGCCAAACUCCACCCUCAGGUGAGUCAGAAGGAGUUGAAGGAGGCUCUCAGGAGGCAGUGGUCUCAACUCUCAGACAAACGACGCCUCAAAUGGAUCAGCAAAGCCCUGGAACUACAGAAGGACUAUGAGGACAGUAUGCGGGCGUACCACGAGGCUCACCCCGACCUCACGGCCGACGACCACGUUCGCUCGGUCCUCACCAAAGCAGAACGUCAACUCAAGGACAAGUUCGACGGACGCCCCACCAAACCGCCGCCUAACGGGUACUCUCUGUACUGCGCGGAGUUGAUGGUGAACAUGAAGGACGUCCCGAGCACCGAGCGGAUGGUUCUGUGCAGCAAACAGUGGAAACUCAUGAACCAGAAAGAGAAGGACAUGUUCCAGAAGCGCUGCGAGCAGAAAAAGAAACAGUACGACGUGGAUCUGCAGCGAUUCCUCGAGGUAAAACCCCCCCCCCGUGAGGAGGAGAGGGACCGUGUGAUGUCAGAGGAGAAACUGGGCGGAGGCAAACUGACGGUGGGCGUGGCCUCCAGUCCUCACCGCGCCUCACCUGCCGCCAAGGAGCGGAGUCGGGAGCCGGACGCCGAGUGGGUCGCCCCGAAAGAACGAAGAGACGCCAAGAAAUCGCCCAAACUCCCAGAGACGCCGAAGACGGCGGAAGAAAUGUGGCAGAACAGUGUGAGCGGAGACUACGUCAACAAGUACAGGGGCGACCGGAGGAAGGCGCAGGCGGCCAUGGAGGCGUCGUGGAAGUCGAUGGAGAAAAAGGAGAAGAUUCCGUGGAUCAAAAAAGCAGCAGAAGAUCAGAAAAGAUACGAGAGGGAGCUGUUGGAGAUGCGAGGUCCUGCUGUUGCCGUGGCGACGCCGACGCAGACGCAGAGGAAGCCCAAGUUUGACGGAGAACCCAAGAAACCGCCUGUGAGCGGGUACGAGAUGUUCUCGCAGGAGCUGCUGACCAACGGUGAGUUGAAUCACUUCAGUCUGAAGGAGCGGAUGGUGGAGAUCGGGAAACGGUGGCAGCGACUCAGUCCGACGCUCAAGGACCAGUACAAGAGACAAGUGGAGGAGCAGCAGGCCGAGUACCGGGCCCAGCUCGACGCCUGGGUCCAGACGUUGUCUCCUCAGGAUCGAGCCGUCUACACGUCGUCCACAAAGCGGCGCAGCUCGACUAAGGUCCGGUCUCCAGUUGCUAAAAUCCGAGUCACGGCCAAAACCAAGGCCCAAGGAUCCAAGACCACAGCAGCAGAACACAAGCGCAGCAUGGCCUACCGGGCCAAGCAGGACCUGUCGGACUCGGACUCUGAUCGGAGCGACUCGUCCGACUCCGACGACGACGACGAGACGAGCAGCGACAGCGACGACGAGAACGACGACGACGACGACGAAGAGGACGACGAAGAGGGCACAUCGAGUGAAGAGUCCAGCCAAUCAGAGUCCGACUGAGGCCCGGGAGCCAAUCAGAGAGCAGCUCAGAGCCCGGGAGCCAAUCAGAGAGCAGCUCAGAGCCCGGGAGCCAAUCACAGAUCAGUUCAGAGCCCGGGAGCCAAUCAGAGAGCAGCUCAGAGUCCAACUGAUCACCCUCUUCUCCGAUUGGGUGGUUCUCUCAGUCCCUCCACUCCGAUUGGACGGUUCCCUCGGCUCCUCGCGGGCUCCUUUGCUCUGAUUGGACAGUUCUCUCAGCCCCUCUGCUCCGAUUGGACAGUUCUCUCAGCCCCUCUGCUCCGAUUGGACGGCUCUCUCGGCCCCUCUGCUCCGAUUGGACGGCUCUCUCGGCCCCUCUGCUCUGAGUGGACGGUUCCCUCGGCUCCUCGCGGGCUCCUUCACUCUGAUUGGACGGUUUUUGAGUUGGGCGGCGUUUAACCGUUUUGAGUUUUCUAGUUUUGAUUGACAGUGGGCGGGGUUUGUACAGUUUGAACAGGAAGUUGUCAUCAGUUGUUGCCGUUUGUAAAAAAAAAUGCAGCUGAAAUAAAUAAAUAAAUAAAUGCACUUUUCUCAGAA